AGAUGUAAACAAGCGGUAGAAAAUCUUUUCAGUUUUAUUAGGUUAAAACAAGCGAUACAGCUAAAGCUAAUUAUUAUACUGUUAUUUGGAAGUUGUUAUUUAAAAAUAUGCCUGACAGCUAGGUAAAAGUAUAUGGAGUAUCUAACACGAAAAUACUUUUAUUACAAUGGACAUGAACUACUAAAAAAUGGCAGAGGUUUCCUGCAGCAGUAUCAGCAGCAGGUCAUUUUCCAAAGAGGAAACAAAUAUGGCGGCUGACCAAGCCCUGCUAAAGAAAUCUAACUCAAACAUAUAUGGUGAUACAGAUUCUUUAAGGUGUGAUAGAUGUAGAAGUAAAAAGAAAAGACCAUCUGUAGUUUGCAUAGAUUGUGGUGAUUUGGUUUUAUGUAAUGAGUGUAAUCAAAAAGUUCAUAAGGAGAUCAUGCAAAUGCACCAAUUUCAUGAACUAAAUAUUAGCUCUAAAGAAAAAAACAAAUUUUCUAAUGGUGUUGUUGCAUCCUCAAACCAAAGCAAUGCUGCAGAACUUGAUAUCAUACAAACUGAUGUGCCAAAAAGCUUGCUGCUCAUAGAUAGCAGCGAGAAACUAAAAGUAAAAUCAGAAGGGGAUUUUAAAGCACUUUUAUCCUGUCAAGAUAACCCAAGAGUGAAAGUAGUUUCAAUCUUUGGAAAUACGGGGGAUGGAAAAUCACACACACUAAAUCAUACUUUUUUUAAUGGAGUUGAGGUUUUUGACACAUCACCUUGCCAGAAGUCAUGUACUGUUGGAGUUUGGGCAGCAUAUGACAAGACACACAAAGUCAUAAUAUUAGAUACUGAAGGUUUGCUUGGAGUAUCUGAGAACACUAACCAACGAAUGAGGUUGCUGCUGAAGAUACUUGCAAUAUCUGAUAUUGUAAUUUACAGAACUAGGGCAGAAAGGUUACAUAGUGACAUGUUUGCUUUUCUUGGAGAUGCAUCAGAAGCAUAUCUUAAGUAUUUUACAAAAGACUUACAAUCUGUCAAACAAAGAGGGAAAAUGAUGGAAACUACACCCUUGUGCAAUCUGGGUCCAUCAAUUAUUAUAUUCCAAGAGACCCAUUACACCACUCCACUUGGCCAUGAAAAUGGUAGUACUUUAAGCAACCAAAGUGAAAACACACCUGAAGAGAUUUUACGUGAAAACUUUGCCAACAUUGGUCGUAACCCUGCAGCCUUUAGUUCUAUCAGUUAUGUUGGAACUCGAACUCAAGGAAAUCCAACUGAUUUUUCAAUUCUUUUAAAAGAAGUACAACUUCAUGUAAAAAACAGUGCAGUUCGUUCACCAAGACCAGCUUCAGUCAUUUUCAAUGCACUUGUGCAUCUUAAUUCCAAAUUUGGUGAUGAAAUAAAUGGUGUCAUUCCAAAUAGUUUUCCAGAUGAAUACUUUACCUGCACCUUUAAAUGUCAGUCCUGCAGUGCUCGCUGUGAAAGUUGUAUGAACCAUGAAGAAGAAAACAAGCCACAUAUGUCAUCAUUACGGUGUAAAUAUCAGGCGCAGUUUGAGAAUCGAGUAUACAUUUGCAAGAUAUGCUAUGAGAAAGGUGUUGAAUCUAUGGUUUUCCCCAAAACUGCUGAAGCUCAAGAUUCGCAUCUAAUAGGACUUGCCAAGUUUGCCUGGUCUGGCUAUGUGUUAGAGUGUCCUGAAUGUGGUGUGAUUUACCGAAGUAGACAGUAUUGGUAUGGUAAUCGGGAUCCUGUUGAAAAUUCCGUUCGUGCUGAAAUCAAACAUUGCUGGCCGGGGACACGAUUGCCACAUGGAAAUCAAAAUGCGGCACGCAGGCUUCUUGAUGGUGUACAUUCUCUGGCUUCAAAAAUUACUAAUGUUAGUGCAAAACCGACACAAGUUGUAACGAACUGGGUGACUGACAAAGUUGCACCAUCCUACUGGACACCGAAUUAUUUGAUAUUUGAAUGCAUCAAGUGCGGAAAAGACUUCGAAGAAUUUGAAAAGAAGCAUCAUUGCAGAGCAUGUGGGCAAGGGUUUUGUGAUACGUGUACACAACACCGCAUUCCUGUCCCUGAUCGGGGAUGGGGAGACACGCCUGUUCGAGUGUGUGAUCGAUGUUUUAUUGGAUCUGGUCUUGAUGAUCAAGCGAAUAAUCUUAAUGAUAAUAUUGAUGUGAGUGAGCUCUUAGAAGCAUUGAAUGAUGAUCCUGAGCUAGAAACUGGUGAAAUGGUGGCUGUGAAAACCGCUCAAAAUAUACCUGUUCGCCACCCUCCCGAUGUUGUGACCACAAGAAAAGUGACUGAAACUGUACAUUCUACGUUGUCUUACUUAACUAGUACAUUGGAAUACCCUUUGGAAUACCUGGUUGACUCAGCGAGACCCGAGUACUGGAUUCCAGACUCUAAAAUUCCUGAUUGUUUUAUGUGCAAGCGAGAGUUUAAAAGUUCCGAGUCGAAACAUCAUUGCAGAAGUUGUGGACAGGGAUUUUGUGGAGAUUGCUCAACGCAGCGGCUUCCUGUACCAAGUCGUGGCUGGGAUUACCCAGUACGAGUGUGCGACACUUGCGCACAAAAAAAAGGACCACUCUGAGUUAUUUUGUUGAGAAUAUGUCUUUGUUUAUAUGAAUUUGCUUAUCUUUUUUAUGUAUAAUAUAUUUAUAGUUCUAUUAUACAAACAAUUGGCUACUCAUGCAACUUCAUACCAAUACUUCUUUAGGAGGAAUAGGUGUGAAGUUGGUUGCAAUCAUUGUUUACAGUGAAUUUAAUGUUUUAAGUUUUUUUAAGUUUUUAAUUAUGCAAAUGCUUGAAUAAACGUCCGUUGUAAAAUAACCGCUCCACUUUAUUAAAUGCCUGUACUUAAAUAACCGCCCUAAUCCAAUAAACCGUGAGGCAAACGCCUGGCUUACUUAAUAAACAACCAACCUUUUUCCCUUUAACACCACUUAAAAAAAAGAAGGAAAUUUUUUAUUUUGAGGGUUAAUACCGCUUUAGGGUAUACAUUGUUUUUUCUUUGAACUGCUGUGUGAUAUUUGUAGAGACCACCCUACCCUCUAUCCCUGCCCCUGAAUGGACGCCUGGACUAGUCCCCUAAAUAAACGGUCAAUCAUAAAAAGUUUAAAAUUUAGAUGUUUAUUCAAUCUUUUGCAGUACGUGGUUUAAAAUUAUGGAAUAUAUAUUUUUGACAGUAUCCAAAGUAUAGUCGAGAUUAAAAGAGCCUUCAGAUAGACCGCUUCAUCAUUUCUCCGCAGUUAUCCAAGUAAAUUGUUACUUUGUUUUCGAGUGAAAAAAAGUUGAAGUAAUUUAUUUGUAUUAUGUGGUAUUAUUUUUGUGUUUUUAAAAUUUGAAAAUAUAUAUACUAAAAAUAUUAAAAAAAGCUAUUGAUGGGUUGUUUUAAGAUUGUAUAGAUUUAAGUAUAUAAUACAUUUGUUAUUGUUUUA